UUUUUUUGCCUUUUGUUUGAGUUUCUUCCACCAAUUAGUAAAUAUUAAAAUUUAAAUUUUUCCGCUAUUAAAACCUCAACUAUACUACUGCUGGUACUGGUACUGGCAGUAAAUUUUGCAUUUGCAUGUGUUUAUUGUACCUAAGAGAAAAAUUAAUUUAGUAAAAUGUCUAAAGAAAGUGAUGAUGAGGAAUAUAAUGAGUAUAUAAAAGAUCUACGUAUUCCCUGUCAAUAUGGAGUUAAAUGUUAUCAAAAAAAUCCGAUACAUCAUAAUAAAUAUAAACAUCCACCAGAAACCAAACAACACAAAAACAAGAAGCACAUGAAGCAAAAAGCAACAAAAAGAAAAGCUGAGGACGUGGUAAAUAAUUCGAAAACGUCACCGACUUCGCCACAGGCGACUCAUCGAGAUAAAAAGCAAAAUCAAAGUGAUGAGCCUAUAUCUGAAACAUCAUCAUCGCCGCAAAAAGGAGAAUCUGAAAAGAUUUACCAUAAAAAAUUUAAUAAUGAAGAUAGAAUAUCUCCUUCGCCAGAAAAAGAAAUUGUAGCGGUAACAAUUUCUGUGAAUAUGAGAAAAACAAGGAAAAUUCAAAAUUUAACACUGGAUGAUAAAAAACGAACAAUUAAGAAAUUAUUUCUCACCGAAAUGCCAAAAGAUUUUUAUCAAUUUUAUGAAUUUUGUAAGGAAAAUUCUAAAAUUGAUCCUGCUUCGGCAUUUAAAAUUGUUCACUUAAAACUCGUGGGCCCCUUUGAUAUUAUGAGUGAUCAACUUUUUGAGAUUCAAGAAGAGGAUAAUUAUUUAAAACAUUGGAGGUAUUUUUACGAUCCUCCAGAAUUUCAGACAAUUUUAAAAGGAAACGACAAGGAUGAAUUGCACUUUGGAUAUUGGAGGGACGAUCCCGAUAAAAUGCCGAUUUUCGUUGCGAAAAAUAAUGCCAACGUUUCUUGUAAAAUUGUUCCAAUCGCGGAAAAUUUAUUCGGUGCUUUAGAUUCAUAUCUCGAAGAAAGAACAAAAUUGGCGAAUCCGUUUGAGAAAACGACAAUUGCUCGUCUUCAUCAGAAAUUAAAAUUUUUUGCGAAGGAGCGAAACAUUACUUUAGAUAAACACACUUCGGGAAUGAAGGAGAGAGAAAAAAAGGUCCUUGCAAGAACUUUACAUGGCGCCGGAAUAGUUGUUCCUUUCAAUAGAAUAACACAAGUUGGUUAUAGAAAAUUGUCAACUACCGAAGCUGAUUUACAGAAAAUGUUCAAGAAAAUCGAAGACGCAAAAGGCGAUCCUGAGAAAAAUUCAGGAAUGACAGAAUUGCAAGAAGUUGUACGUUGGGCGACAAUAGCGGCUGAUGAAUGUGAUUUUGGAACUUGUUUAGAAUUAGGGCAUGAUCUUUUUUCCAGCGGUGUGGAACAAGUUAAAGAAAUGGCACUACAAAUGCUCUCGAUUGCCUACGGUCAAUUAGAUCGUUCCGAUUUUCUGAAAAUUGCUCAAGUUCAUUUGAAAAAUAGAAAAAAAGGACCCUUACUCAGUUGCCUUUGACUCUACUACAACGGCGAUAAAAAAUGCAAGAGAAACAAGCAAAGUUUAAAAAAUGGUGUCCAUUAUUUAUUUAAAAUUUUUAAUUCUCGAUUAUCAGAUAUCUAUGAAUUCUUCAAAACACAGGAUUCCCACACAAUUAUUGUAAUAUAUUAAUUUUCACAUAAUAAAAUUAAAAUUCACAAAAAUAA